UGUAUUUAGAGUGGGAGAUCGCGGCUAGUUUGAUACUCUGUCAUUGAAGAAUUCUCUCAUUAGUCGCGUUCAAACUCCAUUGCCCUGACUCUUAGAGGGUUGAAAGACAAGGAGAAUUGAAACAUUGUUAUACAACUUCGCCUUGAAUGAUUAUAUGUCGCGGUAGCGAUAUGUCCCUGAUGCUUUUUAUCUACCAGGAUUUAAACUAACAGUUUGCUAUCGGACAACCAAGACAUGUCCUUCAAAUCAAAGAACCUCGCUUACGAGGCCAAAGAACCGGCAUUCUUACAGCGACUUAAAAACCAAUACGGAGGCACAUCCGGUCGCCUGGAGCGGCCAAUUGCUCGCCCUCGAAAGCAAAAAGAUAACCAUGACGACGAUGAUGAACCUACCUAUGUCGAUGAAGAGAGCAACGAAGUAAUAUCCAAGGAGGAAUAUGAAGCUCUAGUUCGCGGAAGUAAUGAGGACCCUGGGAAAGAAGGCCAUGACCAGGGACAAAGCGGAUCCCAAGACAAGGAAGAGGGCAAGGCAAGUACUGAGGCCGGAGCACCUAUAUCGAAACAGAACAUGGCAGAAGUAGGGGGACCUAAGAAGCGAAAGCAAGCGAGGAUUAUCGGCGAAGAGGAGCCACCAGCAGAGAAAGAUGAAACACCCCAGAAAGACACUGGGUCUCGGAAACCUAGGCAAAAGAAGAAGAAAAUCAAGCUCUCUUUUGACGAAGAAUGAUGAACAAUGACUACCAGCUUUAUCAGUCAUAGCUUGCUUGACUCAUACCAUGCGGAACCGCGUUGUUUAGUUCAGGCCGCAGUAGAAUAUAUCGGACCAAUCUGAAAGUAAU